CUUCCUCUCGCUUUCUCAACCAUGCUCUUAGUAUUUGGCCGGCCAAGUAUCCAGAAGCUACGCAGCUCCGUUCAGGAGCUGUUCACCAACGUAUCUCCGUUGCUGCCCCUUAUUGAUUGGAAAUUGUGCCUGCUAUGCGCGGUCUGGUACACGGUCAGUGUCGUUUCGUCCAACAGCACAAAAUCCAUCCUGCGCAAUUUCGACUACCCAGUGACGCUCACAGAGCUCCAGUUCAUCAUCAACGCCGCCUACUGUUUCCUUACCGUGGCGUUUGUCAAGAAAUAUGACGCCAUGUUUGCAUCUCACCGUCAUCAUCUUAACCCUAACUCUUUGUACGCAGACAAGGAGUCCACGUCGCUGUUGGACAAGUUUCCCAAGGGCACGUUUCCAGUGGAGCUCAACCGGUACGGCUACACCCUCGCAGACUUUCUGACCCCCACACUCUUUAUUUUGAAAACAACGCUGCCAAUGGGAAUGUUCCAGUUCUUGGGCCACAUCGCGUCACACAAGGCGACCUCAGUCAUCCCCGUUUCUUUAGUUCACACGAUUAAGGCACUUUCGCCUCUGACCACCGUUUUAAUCUACCGCUUCAUGUUCAAGCAGAAGUUUGGAAGCAAGACGUACUUGACCCUGCUUCCGCUGAUGGUCGGUGUCAUGUUGUCCUGCGUGAAAAACGACAGAAUCACCGCCGAUUCGGAGUUCUUCUACACCGGUUGCGUGUUUGCAUUCGUUUCCAUGCUCAUCUUUGUUUCGCAAAACAUCUUUGCCAAAAAAAUCCUAACUUUCGAGACUAAGGACCUCAAGAACGAUUAUUUCACGCACAGCCUCAACUACAAGGUCGUCAAGAGCGAGUCGGCCACAUCCACGCCCAUGCUUCCUAUCGCGAUGACUCCAAAACACAUUAGUCCGCCGGUCACGCCUUUGUUGGGCAAUUCGUCGCAGUCUCUCAACAAGCUGGUGAUCAACUCCGAGAAAAAGCUCGACAAGAUGUCAGUGCUGUUUCACUGCUCGUUUGUGGGCUUUGUGCUGACGCUCCCGCUGUAUCUACUCUCGGAGUUCUCGUCAGACUCCGGUUUUUCUCUCGCCAAGAUCGACCGCUACGUGGCGGGCUUAAUUCUCGUCAACGGACUCUCCCAUUUCAUGCAGAGCGUGGUCGCCUUCCAGAUACUCGGAAUGGUGAGUCCAAUCAACUACAGCAUCGCCAACAUCCUCAAACGGAUCAUCAUCAUCAGCUGCUCGAUCCUGGUGGAGGGAACGAAACUCAGCGCAGUCCAGUGGACAGGACUCGCGCUCACAUUCAUUGGGCUCUACUGCUACGACAAAUGGGGUGUGCAGCGCAAGCAGUGAACCGGCUAGUGACAUCCAGCAUCAGAUUCUCAUGAAAGCCAAGAUUAUAAGUAGUCACUUUAAUAGUAUUUAUUUAGUGUCCAGCAGGUUUUUCACCCGUCAGCUCGGCAACAAACUCCUUGGCGUAGUCUCCCAGAGUCACCAUGCACACCGUUUGCCAGACUCCCAGCAUAACUCUUGGAGUCACGCCUCUGUACAGGCCUUGUAUACCGUUGUUCGAGUAAAUGUACUUGGCUGCGCCAACAACGCUCAGCUUUUUCGGCCGGUUAGGGUCUUUGGUCUGCGAUUGCAUCUCGACCCUGAUCACCUCGAUAGGCUGGUUCCAGGCAGAAAGACCUCCACCAACCACAGACGACAGGAUUCUCUCGCCGGCUGCCAGCUUCUCGUCCUUGCUCUUACCUGUCAACGACCUGAUGCUGUCUUCUGCAAGUCGCGAAAGACCAAAUCUCGAACCCCAAUUGGUCAUCUGUCUGAUGGCCACGGCGUUGACACCUUUGUUGAUGCCUCUGAUACCGUCUUUGGCAAAGAUCUCCUUGAAGACCUCGAAGGUGCUCUUAACAGGAGCUCCGGCUGCAGCAGCCUUGUGACGCGUGAUCUCCACGGUCUUCAUGCACGUGCAGAAUCCCAUUGUCAGGUAUGCCUGGAACAAACCACCAGUGAUUCCUCCACCUAUACCAGACACAAACGGAGACGCUCCCAGCAGCUUGAGACGGUAUUCGGCCUCCGAAGAGACAAACAACAGCACAGCACCCUUGGUACUGGCCUCAAUCCAGGCCCACGGAAUCAGGCCCUGGUAGAAACCGUACAAUCCUCCACGCGACCAGACGUGUUUGGUGGCCUGAAAAAUGGAGAGCGACCGGUUGGCGGCCAUAGUGGUUUUGACCACCUCCAAAGGCUGGCCCAGCGUAGUGACCUCAAACAUGUUGAGACCUGCCCCGAGCAGGAUGUUCGAAAAAGAAAUGGGUUUCUUCUGGACCUCGCUCAUGGUGCG